AUGAAUAUAAUCCUAUUCAUAAUCGCCCUAUCCCUAACCCUAAGCACAGCCUUAACCGCACUAAACUUUUGACUUGCUCAAAUAAACCCGGACUCAGAAAAACUAUCCCCAUACGAAUGCGGCUUCGACCCCCUAGGCUCCGCCCGACUGCCCUUCUCAAUUCGCUUCUUUCUAGUAGCUAUCCUAUUCCUUUUAUUUGACCUAGAAAUUGCCUUACUGCUCCCCCUCCCAUGAGCCACUCAACUCGAAGACCCUAUCACCACACUAAUCUGAACCUCCACUCUCAUUAUUCUACUCACCCUAGGCCUAGUAUACGAAUGAGCCCAAGGAGGCCUAGAAUGAGCAGAAUAA